UUCUGUGCUGCUACAAGAGGACUGACUCAAAAGAUGCUGCUGAGAAGCUCAGGAGGAUUUGUUCUGCUCCUGCUCUUGCACUGCACUGAGUUAGUAAGUGCUGCAGAGGAAGUGGUCUUAGCCAAUGCUCACCUUCUACCGCAGAGAGGCAACGUGAGACUGAGCAACAGCAAUGAAAAAGAGUAUCCAAGAGAUUGUUUUGAGAUGUUUCAGCGCUCCAAAGGCAAUGCCAGAGAUGGUCUUUACAUCAUUCAACCAAAGGAGGACCCAAUUGUUGUCUCCUGUAACAUGCAGGACGGUGGCUGGACAGUGAUCCAGCACAUUACAGCCAACAGCACGCUGGAUUUUGACAGGAGCUGGCAGGAUUACAAGCAGGGCUUUGGCUCUGCCCAUGAGAACCACUGGCUAGGGAAUGAGUACAUGCACCAGCUAACCAGCAGCUCCGUGCAGUACGUUCUGGCAGUGAAGCUUGUGAACCUCAAUGCCGAGGUGAUGUGGGGCCAGUAUGAGCCCUUCCUCAUUGAAGCUGAGGAGUCUCAGUACCGCCUCAGAGUGGGGCUGUACAAGGGCAACGCCACCGACGCUUUGACCAUGGACACUGUGGCUUAUGUCCACGACAACCAGAAGUUCACCACCAAGGACAGAGACAAUGACAAUUACUUCCAGAACUGUGCUAAGCUGGAGCUUGGCGGCGUUGCGGGGGGAGGCUGGUGGUACAAUGCCUGUGCCGGGGCAAACCUGAACCGCAGGAACGCGAUCUACUGGCAGCAAGACUGCAACAAGCAGCGCCUCUGCAAGUUUGCCUGGAUGAUGGUCAGACCCAGCGACCGCAGCCUGGCACCCCCUGCCAAGCCCUGCCCGUGUCUGAAACUUGAACUGUAGAUAAGCCACGUGCACUUGGAAAGGAGCACGAACUCUGCCCAGGGAGUGAAGUGAGCUCACACCGUGUGAGUAAUCACACUAAUUAAUUGUGAUUGAAAAUUGAGAGAGGGCCUCUACCAGGCUUUCCAAGAGAAUGGCAUCUGGGGCAGGACCAGGACAUAGGCACAUACCAACCAUACAAGAGAAAAGUCACUGUCAGAAACUGAGGCCUCUACCAGAAGACUGAAAUUAUGAAUUUUACAGUAUUUUAGCCAUGCAAUGAGUCAGGUCUGAAAUCCAGGGUAUGACAUCUUUACGAGAUCUACCAUAACAGACCUCAGAAGGUUCUGCUCUGGUAUGAAUGGGCACUGUUGGUCUCCUGUGAUUGCACAUCUUCACACAUCAUGCAGGCAGAACAUUCCCAGUGAAGCACCUUCCUUUAGGAAAUGCACACUGGAGCCAGUUGUGUACCAUAAGGCAGCACCAGGCCUCUUCACCUGUAGUGAAAUGUAUUAACUGUAGAAGGGAUUUACUAUAGAAAAUUUGAAGUGGCCUCACUUCCCACUGUUGCUCUCUCCCUUCAUUGACUCUUCUCUUUUUCUCCACUUUUCAGUGAUCCCAUACAUAGCAAAGUAUUCAGCACAGGCUUUUCUUUUCUUCUUUUUUGAGUAUUCAGAACUAAUGGGAUAUCAGCUUUCCCAUCUCAAGUGACUGAUUCAAAGCCUGGAGCAGGCUGCCUGGGGGGGUUGAGGAGCCUCCUUCUCUGGAGACAUUCCAAACCCACCUGGAUGUGUUCCUGUGUGUCCUACUCUAGGUGAUCCUACUCUGGCAGUGGGGUUGGAUUGGAUGAGCUUUCAAGGUUCUUUCCAACCCGUAACACUGUGAUUUACAGCUCCCCAAAGUUCUCACCAUGCAACUGGGUGAACACAUGCAUUAGGGGAUCAAACUGGAGUCACAACUGUAUCAUUGCUGCUCUGGGCUUUUCUGAAUAUGACUUCACUUUGU